AUGUCUAGGUUGCUGCUGCCGCCGCCGCCGCCGCCCUCCUCCUCCUGCGCCUGGGGCGGCGGGCGGGGAGGGCGAGGACAACAACAACAACGGUGGUGGCGACGGCGGCGGCGGCAACGCCGAGGAAGCGGGAGGCAUGUUGGGUCGCCGCCGCCGAGGCUGCCGAAGCGAAGAGGACCGCCCUGCCCUGCCCGCUUCGAUCCCGUCCUACGCGGGCGUCUCCCCUCCCCUCAGGCCGGCCUUCCGCCUCGGGAGCCCCACAGCGGGAGGCGUCGCCUGGGUCUUCGCUUCCCGCCUCUCUCACGAGGUGAAGCUGCAGCUGCGGCCACCAGAGACGCCGCCGCCGUUCCCGCUGCCUGCCUGCCUGCCUGCCUCUCUCCCUCCGGGACUUGCCGUUGCUCCUCGUCGGCGGAAAGGGAGGGAAGAGGAAGAGGGAAAGCCCGCCCUGAAGCGGAGUCAAGAAGGGGCUCGGCUGAGGAGGCGGCAGCCGCCGAGGGUUCUGCCCCCUCAGGGAAGGUCCUGAGCUGGACUCGGGCCCGGAUCCUGUGGGGAAAGCGAGGGCUGCGCAGAGAAAGGUCGCCGCCUCCGCCUCGCCAUUUCCUCCCUCCCUGCCAACCGCGAACGCGAGGUUCUAAAGCCUGGAUGCCAACAGAGAUGAAAGCAAAAGAGUCACACCAAAGUGAUGCAAAGCUGAGAUGGGUGCUGCUGUCAUUUAGGAACGAUCAAAGGCUGCCUGAUCUAAAGGAACUUUCACUUUUCUCCUGGGCACAUUGCAUAUUUAUGAAGGCUUUUCGUAUUAAGUUGCAGAGGACAUUUGUUAUUUCUACUGCCCUGGCGUUUAAAACUACACAGGCAAUAAACUCCAAAACACCAGUUUCUUCAUUUCUUGUAACUCUUGGUGGUUUAGCUCAGGACACCAGCAAGCAAAAGGUUAGGAGCAAGAUUAGUUUGCCAGCACAUCAUGAUCUGCUUUGUACCCUGAAGGUCUGAUGGUCAAUUCCUCCAACAUCUGGAGGGCCACAGAGCUCUUCUCUGCAAUCAGUCUAUAGUCCAAUGAAGUAUAGUGCAAAUAGGAUAAAGAAAGGUACAGGUGUAGCAAAACAAAAAAAAUAUGAAAUCUGUUUUGGAACAAAUGAUAUGAAGAACCACCUUCCCCCAGAUGAAUCUGCUCACACAGUGCUCCAAAUCAGAGUUCUUCCUCCAUGUCCCCUUGCUAUCAGAAGUUUAGUUGAAUGGGACAUGACAUAUAACCUUUAUAGGCACCCAAUUUGUGACAUUUCAUUUCCCGGCAAGCCCAAUUGACUCCUUCCUUAAUAGUUUGCCAAUGAAUUGUAAAUAAUAUUUUAUUUGGCCAAGCCUUCAUUUAUUGUAUUUUGUUUUUGAAAUCGUAUGCCACCUUGGAAACUUAUUUGGGCCAAAAGACAAAGUAAAAACAACUAGAUAAA